AUGGAUGGCCUGUUGUUUGCCUCGAGUGAGAGUGAUGCAUGUAUGUUGCCGACCGAUUCGAUGUGUUCCAAACCAUUUAGGGAGUUUUUUUGGUCGUCCAGUGAUGAUGUACAGUUUGAAGGACUUGGAAACAAUCCGUUUGAGGAGUCAAGUAUGCUUGAAGAGAGGCUACCUAAGGGCUCAUUAGAAGAGGUUACGAAUAGGGGGAAAUGCACACAUAAAAUGAGAAAGAUGGAUAGAAUAACAUCGUUUGCAUCUACUAUGAAGAAGAAGCAAGAAGUCGAUUUCUGGAACGACUUUGGAAGUGAAGAACAGGCUUCCCUGCCUACCCUUGGAUAUGGAAAGAGUGACAGCAUCCAAAGAAUAUCUGUUGAUGUUGCAAAACAGGUGAUUGAGGGUUUAUAUGAUAUAGAGUACCAGGUUAUUGAUUGCAGGUUCGCAUAUGAAUAUGACGGAGGGCACAUAGUUAAUGCAAUAAACAUAAGCACAUCACGAGAGGUUGCCACAUUGCUGAGGAGUCCAAAGGUGCUGAUUUUUCACUGUGAGUUUUCCUCAAUAAGAGCACCGAGACUUGCACAGUGCCUUAGAAACAUGGAUAGGAUGAAGAAUCCAUAUCCGCGCUUGAGUGUUCCUGAAAUAUAUGUUAUGGAAGGAGGAUACAAGAAGUUUUACAGGAAGUAUCCUGAGAUGUGCAGUCCACAGGGAUAUGUUGCUAUGGAUGAUCGAACACACAGGAGCCUGUGUAAAAAAGAUAAAUUUAGAGUAAAUAAAAGAUACUAG